UCCAACUCUAGGGCUGUGCAUUCGGCCCGCGGUGCGGCAGUGGACGCGCGAGCGACGCGCGGGCGGCCGCGCAGCCGGCCCUAACGCACACGAUGGGCCAGACUGCCGGCGCCGAGGCCGUCGAGGAUGAAGACGACGAGCCCCGCAUCCGUGUCAACCCUACGGAGAGUUCGCUGACUGAAAGUGAAACAUCAUGCGAAGAGGCGGCGCGACUGACGGCAGAGGGGGCCGAAGACGAUGACGAGGCCUACGACUACGGGGCCCUGCCCCCGCCCCCCGACGGGGGCUACGGCUGGGUCGUGGUCUUCGCCUCCUUUAUGUGCAACCUCAUAGUUGACGGCAUAGCCUACACGUUUGGAAUAUUCCUGCCAGAGCUCGUCACAUUCUUUGGAGAGGGCAAAGGAACGGUCGCGUGGGUCGGAAGUUUGCUAUCCGGCGUGUACUUAGCUGCAGGUCCCAUAGUAUCAGCGUUAUGCAACAAAUACGGGUGCCGCGCGGUGUGCGUGGCCGGCUCUCUGGUGGCUGCCUCGGCCUUCGUGCUGUCCACCUUCAGCAAGAGCGUCACAGUCAUGAUGAUCACCUACGGCCUGCUUGGAGGCAUAGGCUUCGGUAUGAUCUACCUCCCGUCAGUAGUGGCCGUGGGCUACUACUUCGAGGCGCGGCGUUCGCUCGCCACCGGCAUCGCCGUGUGCGGUUCUGGCGUCGGCACGUUCAGCUUCGCGCCUCUCGCCGCCAUCUUGCUCAACGAGUUCGGCUCGUGGCAGAACGCGAAUCUGCUGCUGGCUGGACUGAUUCUUAACUGCGCGGUGUUUGGAGCGCUUAUGAGGCCGCUCGUCUACCCUAAGUCAUCUGGAGAGAAGCCCCUCCUACAACGCAUGGCCGAAGAGAAGCGCCUCCAAAUGGAGCGCGGUUCAAUCGGCGGCUCCUACUUCGGUCAACUGCCCGACGGUACUAUGGAAAAGAGGCUGAAGGCCCCGCUCAACGUAGACCCCGGCGUGCACUCCUCGCUCAACCUCGAGGCGCUCGCCAGGGUGCCCACGGUGCCCAACAUGCCCGGCGUGCCCAACGUGCCCACGCUGCCCACCAUCACGGAGGCGAGGGUUGUGGAUGACAGUGGAGAUAAGAAGAAGGGCGAAAACGGCGUAACCAACGGAGGUAACCAGAUGUCGCGCAACGUAUCGUCGCCAGCGUUCAGCGCGCAAGCGCCCGGGCUGCCGAAGAAUGGAUCUGUGCCGUUCUUUGACCGCCAGCGCAAGCAGAGCACGAUAGGUCAGGCGAUAGGUAGCGUAGAUAACUUUUAUAUCUACAGAUUUAAACCGUCCUUAGCUGCUAUUAAAGCCACGUCCAAAACUUCCAUGAAUAGUCAAUACAGAAUCGAUGUAAGUACAGACAAACUAUCCGUAGCGGGACCACGCGAACCCUCUCGCAUGGUGCGACCAAUGUCCAGGAAGGACAUCUUCUACUCCGGCUCUGUGCUCAAUCUUCCUCAAUACCAGAGUCAAAAGAGCUUGCAAGCUUACAGGAACUCCGUGCUGAGCCUUUACUACUAUUAAAAACAAAACGAUAAAAUAAUUAAAUUGUAUAUUUCAGAAUACGACCUAUGCCCGUGCUUAUCGCUGCCGCAAUCCUUCAAGUCCGCCCUCGGGUCCAUGCUGGAUGUGAGCUUGCUCCGCGACCCUGCGUUCAUGCUCAUCGUUUCGAAUAUCUUCGGCAUGGCCGGCCUCUACGUGCCCUUCGUGUAUAUCGUGGACGCCGCCAUGAUGAAUGGUGUAGAAUCAUCGCAAGCUUCCUUCCUGCUAUCUAUCAUCGGCAUCACGAACACAAUCGGUCGUAUCGCCUGCGGCUGGGUCGCAGACUUCCCCUGGAUGGACUCUCUAUUGCUCAACAAUGUCUGCCUCGUCAUUGCCACGGUAUCUGUUGCUGCGACGCCUUUCUGCGCGUCUUAUGGUUCUUAUGUCGCGGUGGCGAUAUUCUUUGGAAUUGCUAUUUCGGGCUACAUUUCCCUAACAUCCAUCAUCCUAGUAGAUCUGCUCGGCCUCGACAAGCUGACGAACGCCUUCGGUCUACUCAUUCUCUUCCGUGGAGCAGCCGCCAUUGUGGGCUCACCGCUCGCUGGCGCUGUGUAUGAUGCUACUAAAAACUAUGACGCGUCGUUCUAUAUGGCGGCUGCGUUCUUCCUUGCUGCUACGCUUACGUCGUUCGCUGCUCCUUUGUUUAGAAGGAAACAGGACGAGAUCCAGCAGCCGGCGGACGUGCUGACGCCCAUCGACGAGGACCUGGAGGAGGCGGACGAGGACCCGGACGACACGCCCAUCACCAUGGGCAUGGCGCGCGCCGCUCCUGCUAUAACUCGCACCGCCGCCUCGCCCACGGAGGCUCCUACCGAGCUGAGUCAACGAGAGAGUGUGCUCUAAGGACUAUCUAAGGUUGGCUUUGUUUUGAAGUUUCAACGAGUAUUGUCAUCGCGUCAGAUAAAAUCGCAUUGUGGAAAGUUUUAUCACCGUGGGUACGGCGCGCGCCACCCCCGCUAUAACCCGUACAGCUGCCUCGCCCAUUGAAUCAGCGAGAGAGUGUACUCUAAGGACUAUGUAAGGUUGGAUUUAUUUUAGUUAUCAAGUGAGAUAUGUAGCGAAUUGUGGAAAAUUUUCAUCACCGUGGGUGUCGCGCGCUGCCCCUACUAUAUCAAGCAUAACCUACCUAACCUAGCCCACUGAGACACCUACUAAGCUGAGUCAGCGGAACGGUGUGUUCUAAGAAGAGUUUCUAGCGAAUCGGCGGGAUUAUGUACUAGGACCGGGUUGGAUUCGCAUUGAACCUUAUAUUGAGCAGGGCGAAAUAAAAAAAACGACACAUUCAUUACCAUUGUUGUUUGUAAAACACAAUUUAUAAUUCAACGAAAAAAACUUCCACACAUUUAAACUGAGCGAUAUCUACUGCUAAAGUGGAAUGCACUGAGGCAUAAUUACUAAGCUCCAUAAAAAGGCUGUUAUGAAACUUGUACAAAUAUUUUGAUAAGGAACUUAGUGACUAUGCCAUAAGAAGCAUAUUUAAAUGGCAGUUAUAUAAAACCUUACUCACAACGUAAGAAAUAAGUCUGGAUGGCUUUAAGCCAAAGUGCGUUCAACCGAUGAUAUGAUACCGAGGUUCAAAAAUAUAUCAUUUGACUCGAAAUUUAAAUAAUUUCUAACCCCCUUAUUCAUAACCGUUCACUAAAGUUAUCAAGCCGAUAAAGUUCGUUUGUCCCUUUCCGAUGUAUUGGUGUGAUAGAAAGGAACAAACGAACUUUAUGGGCUUGAUAAUUUUAGUGUACGUUUAUGAAUAAGGGAGUAAAUCAUUACAUUUUGUACCACUCGGCUUUACAGAAAAACUUAUUGUAUUUCUUUUCCUAAGAGUUUAUUUUUGUGAUAACCGCGUACAGUGUCAGUCAACCAAUUGGAACCCUAGGCCACUCUACAACCAUGUCAAAAUGACAAGCAGUAAGAGAUUUCUUGCAAUCUGGUUUAUGACGUCACUAAGACAUAGUUCUACAGUGGCCUACGGUUCCAAUUGGUUGACUGUACAUAUGACUUAACAUAUGUGCAAAUAUAUUAAACAAAUUUAUUAGGCUUCAGUAAUUAUGUACUGAUUGUAUUGAUGUAUGAAUGACACAUAACCGUAGUUCAGUUUGUUUAAUUUUAAAGUAACUCUUUGCUAUGUAUCUUCGGUAUUUAUAUUAAUAACAAAAAUACGAUCUCAUAGCCCGAAGGUACUACCAAAGACAAUUAUGACCGAUAUUUUUACCGCAAGUAAGUUUUAGUUUUGUACCAUAAUGUUUUAAAUGAAAAAUUCACCAACCUACAUGAAUACCGUUUUGCAGGUCCAUUAAAAAACGUGGGGUUAUUUGAUAAUAAAUUAUAAAAAGAACUUUGUUUCCACUCUGUGUACCAUAAACCUUUAUAACUCUUUUAGUCUCAACUAACUCCACGGGCUUCGUAUAAACGCAUAAGGCGAAAUACUGAGAGAUUCUAAAUAAAUAAUAUAAAUAUAACCGUAUGUUAAACAUAAUAUUCAAGUAUUUGAUAAGAAUGGUACGAUGUGGAAUUGACUGCAAGCAAUAAUUUUACACAAAUUCGUUGCACUUUCACUAGGGAACUAAUUCUGACGUGCCAUAUGAAACGGACGUUGUGGUACUCGUGGUGCUAGCGACACCGGUGGUAACUACCACUCAAUACUCAGAGGGAAACGCUUAAGAGGAACUAGGGGACUAAAACACGUUGCAUGAGAAAAAAUACAAUAUUUGGAAAGCGCAAAAGUGGUCGGUAUGAAGUCUAAAAUGUCAUUAGCAAUAAUACUUGUACUUAUAGGCUCUAAGUACUUAGAUUCAAAACAAUAAAAAGGCAAAAAAUAUUAGAACCUUUCAUCUUACCCUUUUCAACAAUCCAUAUCUAUCAUUCUUCCUGUGACAGUUGUAUUUCUAAAAGAGACAAUAAAUGAUUAAUUUAUUUAUCUAAAGCCUAAUUUUGUAGGAAUCCGUGUUAGAAUUAUAUUUUCCUAUUAAUAGCGGAGUACACAAAAAGAAUACAGUAUUUUGAAACGCAUGUCCUUUUGUAAAUAGUAUACCAUUAAAAUUUGCACUAUUGUACAUACACGACUAGGUAGGGUGUUGAACAAUCAUGGCACUGACUACGUAUACAAUCACGAACACUUCCUCGCUAUGCUCUAUUUUUCUAUCCUUUAUGUAGCUUGCAACUAUCCUGUUAUUGUCAUUAACAUAAGGUUGAAAAUGUCAACCUUACAGUAACGAUAGCAAACGAACUGCUGUACGAUAGGACUAAGAAUCUAUAAGUCGUUUUAAUGAUACCGGAAUAGUUCGGUAUAUUUGUAUUGUGUGUUUACUGUAAGAUACAUUUUGAAACUUGCUAUAGCAAUGUGUUGAGAAUUUUCGAGCUUGGCUUUUUCCUUAUAUUUCUUGUGAAGUUUAGAUACUGUUUACGUCUCGCUGGUAGUAUUCGGGGUCAUUUUCGUUGAGAUUUUUGUCUCGACGGCGUUAGGUAGGUAUAAAAUGAAUUGUGUACCGCCGUGAAAUCUAUGUCAUCCUAUUGAUAUCCUCAUUUUGAAGUAGAGUGUAGACCUGCAUCGUUCCACGUGCCAUGGCGACGAACAAGUUUGUAAAUAAGCGGGUAGUAACGUAGGAGACAGUGAGUAACGCAACGCAGUCAAUUUCCGACGCCCGGGGCUGGGGCUUGCCACUCAUGUAGCGGACGCAGAGUACCUAUAUAUUAAUAUAUUUUUGUGUAUAGAUAUUUUUCUGUCAAUAAACUGCAUAAUUUAGCUGUAAGUUGUACGUAUAGGAGCGCGUAAGGGUUUAAGGAGGUAGGAAAUGGUAUUAUGUGAUACAUAUAAUACGAAUACCAAUUUGUUUUGUAACACUUAUAAUGUUUUAUUGAUAAUGAUAUGCCUAUUAUGAAACAUGUAAUAUUAAAAUUAGGUUUUCAUUUAUAAGGUUUAUUAAUGUGGGAUAAUGUUACAAAUUGUAUAAAAAAUCUUAUUAAAGAUUAUUCUGAAAGUUAGUAAUGUUACUGUUGUUAUAGCUUUAUGUAAAAACCAAAAGUGUUAUUAUGUUUUUAAGAUUGAAAAAUAAAGUGUUAUGUGAAUCAUACCGGGGUUAGAUAAUUAUUGCCAAUGUGAUGAAGUCCGAAACGCAUCAAAUGUACGAGGAUCAUUGGUUUUUAUUUAGUUAAGACUCAGUUUAUGUCUAUUUUAAUAUCUAGUUCAAUUUUACUUGGCAAAAAUGUUAUGUUAUGUAUUUAAUGCAGUAUUGGUUAAUAAGUAUUGUUUUUAUCUUAAAAAUGCUGUUUACGCAUUAAUCGGCUAAACGAACAAUCGUUCGUUCUAUACAAAUAGAAGUUUUCUGAAAUGUUUCAAAUUCGGUGUACCGAAGGCUGAACUGAACCUAACAAAGCUAGGGUAACUGCUAUAGUUAUUGGCCCAUCCACUUAGCUGAUAUGGCUGUUAGAAACAAAAGCAGAAGGGCCAGUUGCAUCAACCACAUUUGACAGACACAUCAUCGUCAGCAGGCGUCUAUGGAAAUUCCCAUACAAUAAAAUAUAACGAAUGCAGCGAAUGCUUUAACGGUGACAGACUUUUUGAUGCAACCGGCCCUAAGUCGUAUUGUUUGGAGAGCCCAAUUACUAUGGAGGGGCCAAAAACUUUACCACUCACCCACCAUUCUACGCUGGAGAACUAUCUGUGAAAGAUUUUAUUUGAUGAAGUUAAUGCUCGUAUUCAAUUCUUUGGUUCAAUUUCAUAAGGUAGACUAUCUCAUCCAACAUUAAGUACAUAUUCUAACUUAGCCUU